AAAUGACAAGCAAGGGAUGCGUUUGGGCUAUUGCCCUAUCCAUAUUCGUCUAAUUUCCUGGAAAAUAGAAACCUUCGACGUACACUCUCUGCUUCUAUCUUCUCCAUGGCAGCAAUCCUCCCCCUCUCUUUAAAUCCUUCUCUCAAACCCAAACCCUACCUCCAUCAUCCUUCUUCCCCUUUCAAAGGGAAUUUGGCAAAUUUGAAGUUUAGGGCCUGCAACUUCAUUCCUCUUAAGCUCAACUUCAAAACCAAUUCAAAUGGAAGACCGUCACUAGUAGUUACCAAUCAGGCAGCUAGUGCUGCUGUUGCAUCUCCAGCUUCCAAUGUGAGGUUCAGGUUGGACAAUUUAGGCCCACAACCGGGGUCGAGAAAGAGGGGAAAGAGAAAGGGGAGAGGUAUCUCUGCCGGACAAGGCAAUAGUUGUGGGUUUGGUAUGAGAGGUCAGAAAUCGCGUUCCGGUCCUGGUGUUAGAAAAGGGUUUGAAGGUGGUCAGAUGCCCCUCUACCGCCGCAUCCCCAAAUUGCGAGGAAUUGCUGGAGGUAUGCAUGCGGGUUUACCCAAAUAUGUCCCUGUCAACUUAAAAGACAUAGAAGCAGCAGGAUUUCAAGAGGGUGAAGAGGUGUCAUUGGAGACUUUGAAAGAGAAGGGCUUGAUCAAUCCAUCCGGAAGAGAAAGGAAACUCCCUUUAAAGAUUCUAGGAGAUGGGGAGCUAAGUGUGAAGCUGAAAUUUAAGGCUCGUGCCUAUUCGGAAUCAGCGAAGGAGAAGCUUGAGGCUGCUGGUUGCGCUCUAACUGUAUUACCUGGGCGGAAGAAGUGGGUGAAACCAUCAGUUGCUAAGAACCUUGCUCGAGCUGAGGAAUAUUUUGCAAAGAAAAAGGCUGCAGCUGCUACAUCUGAGGCCGAAUCGGUCUCUGCUUGAAACAUUGUUCAUUAAAUUUUAUGUAUUUAAGAAAACGUAAAAAAAGCACGUAGAGAUACACAGCAGGAGCAGGGUGCUUUAUUAUUAUUAUUAUUAUCUCUGUUAGAUUUGUUAGGUGGCUGUACCAAUUUGUAAUUUCUUGCUUUUGCAUAUUUCAAUUCAUUGAAGCCUUUCUAUACAAUUUGUUUUAAAUUUCUCAUCCA